UUUUUGGACACGUUUGUAUAACAGAGACGCUAGGCAUACGUGCGGGACAUGGUCGGGAGAUGCAACGCUGCGUUUUGCAUGAACGACUUCUGAACCCUAUAUCUCUCUCGCGACCUUCGCACCUCUCCAGUCACCAGACGUCUUAGCUUCAUCAAGACGGUGACCUCUUGCUUCGUGGAAGAUUCGAAUCCUUUUCUCCAGUUCUCUGCGAUUCAGCUGUGCAAGCGCUUCAGUCGCUCGUCGUCUCACAAUGCCUGACGUAGGCCCCGGUGCACGGCGCUGUUGAUAGUGUAAAAUAGGGUUUAGUUGGCUUGAGGAAGAGUACGGUGGGAUUAGGACGAAAUGGCGAACAACGGGGAUGGAGACGACGAGCAGCACAUGGUGAAGUCGAAGAAGCAUAAGGGAAAGCACGACAAGCCUAAGCCCUGGGACGAAGACCCCACUAUUGACCACUGGAAGGUCGAGAAGUUCGAUCCCUCCUGGAACGAAGGUGGAAUGCUCGAAGUCAGCUCCUUCUCCACUCUUUUCCCAGCAUACAGAGAAAAGUACUUGCAAGAAGCUUGGCCUGUUGUGAGAAGUGCAUUGAAAGGUUACGGUAUCUCAUGUGAGCUGAAUCUGGUUGAGGGAUCCAUGACUGUUUCAACAACAAGAAAGACAAGGGACCCUUACAUAAUCAUGAAGGCUAGGGAUCUCAUUAAACUUUUGUCUAGAAGUGUUCCAGCGCCUCAGGCGAUCAGGAUACUUGAUGAUGAAGUGCAAUGUGACAUAAUCAAGAUUGGCAAUCUUGUUGGCAAAAAGGAACAAUUUGUUAAGAGACGACAACAUCUUGUGGGCCCCAAUUCUUCUACUUUAAAGGCACUUGAGAUUUUGACUGGUUGUUAUAUUCUUGUUCAGGGGAACACAGUUGCUGCCAUGGGUUCAUUUAAAGGUUUAAAACAAGUCAGGAAAGUUGUGGAAGACUGCAUACUGAAUAGAAUGCAUCCAGUAUACAAUAUUAAGGUAUUGAUGCUGAAGAAAGAGCUUGCGAGUGAUCCUGCACUUGCACAUGAGAACUGGGAUAGAUUUCUUCCCAAAUUUAAGAAGAAAAAUGUCAAACAAAAGAAGGUGAAGGGUAAAGAGAAGAAACCAUAUACACCCUUCCCCCCUCCUCAGCAACCGAGUAAGAUUGAUCUACAAAUAGAAAGCGGCGAAUACUUCUUAAGUGACUCAAAGAAGUUAGCGAAGAAGUGGCAAGAUAAGCAGCAUAAACAGGCAGAAAAAACUGCCGAAAGCAAAAGAAAGAGAGAAGCUGCAUUUGUUCCUCCUCAGGAACCUGUAAAUGAGGAUCACAGUAAAUUCGCUGACCACAAUAAUGACAUGGCUGCCAUGGCCACCUCUUUAAAGAAAAAAUCCAAAGAAUUUGGGAAGCAAAAAUGUGCCGAGAAUAUCAAUGCGGAAUCAUAUAUUGCUGCUUCAGGAGGAGAACCUUCAUGUAAAAAGGCCAAACGAUCCAAGUCUUAGGUACACACUCGGAGUAUUUUUCAUUUUUGAGAAACAAUUCACUUAUGAUCAUCGACUUUGAGUGGUUGCCAAGGGUGACACGAAGUUGAGAAGUUUUGUGCAAUAGCAAUAUAUCCUUGGGCCCUGAUUCUGUGGAAAUGGGGAGAGGUCAACUUGCAGACUUGACUUUCGUCAUGUUUCUAUUUGGCUCCUAAGAAAAUGGAAUUGAAAGUUAACAACUUGAUUAUCCAGGUUUGGUUUUUUGUGUAUUAUCUUUACACAAUGAAUUUGAACUCGUUCUCUUUUGCAUAUUUGAUGUGCUACACUUCUAGUUUUAUUUUUUUAAGAUCUCAAUCUAUCGGCAAUAUUUUGAAAGAGAACAGUUCUCAUAGAAAAGGUAUUAAUGCAAAAUUUGAAAAAUAAUUUCGGUA